AAUUCAAAUCAAGAUCAAGCAAGAGAAAACAAGACUCGGCCAACAAACAAGCGGGAUUUGGUUUCUGGCCUUGGCUGACUGAUCUGCCCAGCGGAAGGAGGAAUCAAUUUGUAAAUUUCGGACAACUUUGUGAAAAUCAAGUUAUCAUUUUCAAUUUUGGACCGCUUUCUGGAAGUUGUAAGGAGAGCAGAUGUCUGACUUGAAAACCUAUGUUCAAGUGUGAUGAUACACGUGACUUACACGGGACUUACCAGCGGGUUGCGGCCAAUCUACCAUGUCCAUGUCAAACAACUUCUUCAACCUACACCAGCCUAGCCCUCAGACCAAGCAAGCUCUUCAAUUAGAGACAUCAGAGACUUCACGCAUCAAGAUGAGUUCUCCAUCUUCACCAUCUUACAUCCUGCCGGAUAGCCCACCCCCGCAGCGUGUGCUAAACUACUGGCAGCGCAAAGCUGUCGAGUCCCGCGCCGCCUCUUCCGCUGGCGCUGCCGCCUCAGCUCCCGCCUCCGCUGCACCCGCACCCGCUCCACAGGAUACAACAUCACCAGGGGGCGAGAUCGUGAAUGGGCACAGCCCCAUUCAGCGCUUGGCUCCAGCACCUACGUGGGCGCCGCGGCGUGCGGUGCUGACAAUGCUGAGCAACAACAUCAAUCAGAGACAGGCCAAGAGGAAACUAACCUUCGAGGAGGCUGAAGACAGCGGCGAAGAGGAGGAUGAGGUGCUCACUCAAUCAAAGAAACGAGCUGUAAUGCAUGAGGACUCCUCACUCGCGCCGUUAUAA